AUGCUCGCUCCUAUCUCUACCUCGAGUAACGGUCUCCAACAAUACAGGAAACAUCCGUCGUUAGGUCCGAGGGAGCUUACCCCAGCCAUGGUUCGCUCUAUUGAUGAGGCUGACAAACCUAUUAAAAGGGGUAAGAAACCGGAAAACCAAAAACAGGCACAAGUUUCCAAACCCACCAAAGGGAAAACCCCUAAGAAGCGAAAGUAUGAUAGGGCUGUUACCUCACCUCCUAAACCGAAGAAGCUGAAGAAGCCCGAUAGGAGGCUCAUACUACAAUCUUCAAGUGAUUCAGAUUCUGAGUAUGUUCCUCCCCAACAUAAGAUUACCUCUCCUUCAGAAUAUGAGAGCGAAUGCUCUAACGAUGAGGCUUCGGGCCGAGGUGAUACUCCACCUCGCUCGCCUACCCCAGAAAUUCCAGUUCUCUCUCACCCUCCUUCACCUCCACAUGUAACCAUCGUUGUAUCUAUCCCUCCCAUUUUCCUAUUCCAACCACUCAACCAUUCACUACAAUUCCCAUCCCUAGUCCCAUAUUCACAGACACUACCACUACCACAACAGCUGCUCAAUCUACUGCCCUUACUCCACCAUGUCGCAUUAACUUCUGCAGCCAAAGCAAUCGAAGCCUCUACUUCCCAAUGUCAACAAGCCUCAAUUGCUGUUGAUGCUUCGACUAAAGAAUGCAAGGAAGCAACCGCAAAAUUUGAUAAACUAGUUUCUGAAGCUCACUUGUUUUUAGAUUCCUUGCAGGCUGCUGCUGCUAAGAACACUCAAACUGUCAACGCUUUAGUAGAGAACCUUCAACGGUCUCUUCAAUCUGAACGCUCAAACCUUGAAGCGGCAUGA